AUGCUGGAUCAGGUUUCACCGAAACAGAGAAACAUCCUGGAAUAUGGCAAGAUUGGGAUCGGGGUUGCUAGUCCACACAAGGUGGAGUACAACUACCAGCUGAUAGUGUUUCCCAGGUCAGCCCACAUCUCUAGUGUGCCCCAGAGCAUGGAAAGCAAGAUUGACCCCUUUUCGCAGCAUGCUACCAACUUGAUCGCGAUCCAAGCUGAUUUGGCUGUGCUUCUCGUGGGACAGGAACGGUUGGCGCUGGAGAUUGACGGUUUGCUUGCCAGGUUGACCCAGUCCCGGGACAAGACUGCAGCGUUAUAUACGCCCGUUGGUCAACCAUUCCCCGAGAAGAUAGGCGUGGCAAAUGCAAAUGAAAGAGAAGCGUUGCUGCCAGAAAAAGAGACAGAGAUAGAGCGUCUGCGAAUCUUGGAUGAGACGUUCCGAUCGUUGAACAGCAACUUAGAGGAAGAACAGAGCUUUCGGAAACACGGGUCGUACGUGCUGCCCAAAUCGCGGGACAACCGAAAGACCACCUUCUUUCAGCUCCAGACGCCAGUGAAGGAUAGGACGCCAUCACAACGCAACCCCCACUCCAUGAUGAUGCUAAAUCCGAGCAACUUGAUAAGCCAGGGGGCUUACAAGGAAGAUAUUUCUGUUCCUAAUGUAAGCCAAAAGCGGAUAUCGGUAUCUCUCCAAAGUCCAGAUGUCUCCGUCCAAAAACUAAGUCAUGACCAGCCGUUUGUUUCUCCCGCUUUACAGUUGCCCACGCCAGCAGACGAGCCUGAAACCGCACGCAACUCCACCAGUUCGGUAAUGUCGAUUGACUCCUCCUUCGAGGUGGAACUCAUCACCCAGGUGUCCAACCACUUCCGCCAAAUACCCCUGCGUACAGCCGAAGACGAUACGCUCAGAUCGACGCUAGACAGCUUGGUUCACGCGACGGUGGAACUUAUUUCGACGCCGUUGACAGACUUAGAGGCAGGGUGUCUGAUUCGAACGGGAGAAAAGUUGUACAGGGGCAACAACGUUCUCAGAAAGAAGAGUGGUGAUGUGGCAAAGGCAUUGGAAAAGCUAGUAGGGUCCUUCACCGAAGUACAUGCUGAGAAUUAGUGUUCACCAUCUCUUUGUUGAAUCUUGACGUUAUUCAUUUGAAUGUAAUGUGACCCCAACAGAGCUCUCCGGUAAAGCAACCAGUUCUGGAGAUGGGCGUUAUGUAUCACCCUCCGUUGGUGUCUAAUGGAGGAAUUUUCAAUGACAUUUACAUGUGAUGUAAGCACAACAGACGGAUUAAGCAAUGGCACUGUGUCCGGAGUUUCCCCUCUAUGCUUAUAACCUACGAUUGGAUAAACUUCGGAAAUAUGUGUUAUUCCCCUUAACCACUAAGCUUAACAAUUAGCACAAACCCAAGCUCCAAUAUCUCCAACGUCACUAGGGCUUCCAUAUGUUAUGGCAUUGUAACAAAAUAAUGGAGCGCUACUAUCACACAAUGGUACCGGUUGUUAAUCUCUGUAUAUUAUUCAAACCAUUUACAUAAAACAUCGCACUG